UGUGAGGACAGCAGGGACAGCAUGGAUACAAGCUGGAUCAUCUUGACCUCCUGUCUCUUCCUCCAGUUACGCAUGAUCAGGGGGCUCGCGGAAGGACAGGCCCACCAAGUCGAGGACGUCUACGCCCUGCCGGGCACGGAUGUCGACCUGACGUGUCACAUUCAGAAGGCGAUGCGACUGGUCCAGACCCAGUGGGACGUGAUCACCAACAGAGAGGCCCUGAUCGCGGUCUACCACCCCAGGCUCGGCUCCCACUGUGAUGUCUUCGCCAAGGAGUCCUGCGCCUCCUCCGUCACGUUCACCCAGACUCCCGCGGGCGGAGCCGAGUGGGUUUUGCACCUGAGGAAUGUGUCGUCGUCUCUGAGUGGGAAGUACAAGUGCAGCAUCACGACCUUCCCCGCGGGGAUCUGGACUCGAAUCAAAAACCUUCACGUCCAAGCCGAAGCAGAGAUGAGAGGCAACAGAACGAUAGAUGCUGAGUUGAACCAGCCCCUGGAAAUUCCCUGCCUGGAAGACAAGUCGGAAAACCUUCUCGGGGCCUCGAUCCUGUGGCUGACGCUCCCGCUCCGUGCUGCGCUCCUAUCCGUGCUCCGCUCCCGCUCCGCGCUCCGUUUCGCGCUCCGUGCUCCGCUCCCUGCUCCGCGGUCUGCUCCGCGCUCCGCGCUCCGCUCCGUGGCCCGCUCUGUGCUCCGCUCCGCGCUCCGCUCCCUGCUCCGUGCUCCGCUCCGCGGUCUGCUCCGUGCUCCGCGGUCCGCGCCGCGGUCCGCUCCCUGCUCCGCUCCGUGCUCCGUGCUCCGUGCUCCGCGCUCCGCGGUCUGCUCCUUGCUCCGCUCCCCCUCCGUGGUAGCCUCUGUGCUCCGCUCCGUGCUCCUUGCUCCGCUCCGCGGUCCGCUUCGUGCUCCUUGCUCCGCUCCGCGGUCUGCUCCGUGCUCCGCUUCCUGCUCCGCUCCCUGUUCCGCGCUCCGCUCCGUGCUCCGCUCCGUGCUCCGCGCUCCGCUCCCUGCUCCGCUCCGCGGUCUGCUCCGUGCUCCCUGCUCCGCUCCGUGCUCCGAGCUCUGCUCAGUGCUCCGCUCUGUGCUCCGCUCCCUGCUCCUCUCCGCGGUCCGCUCCGUGCUCCGCGCCGUGCUCCGCUCCCUGCUCCGUGCUCCGCUCCCUGCUCCGCGCCGUGCUCCGCUCCCUGCUCCGUGCUCCGCGCUCCCCUCCGCGGUCCGCUCUGUGCUCCGCUCCGUGCUCCGCGCUCCGCUCCCUGCUCCGCUCCGCGGUCUGCUCCGUGCUCCCUGCUCCGCUCCGUGCUCCGAGCUCUGCUCAGUGCUCCGCUCCGCGCUCCGCUCCCUGCUCCUCUCCGCGGUCCGCUCCGUGCUCCGCGCCGUGCUCCGCUCCCUGCUCCGUGCUCCGCUCCCUGCUCCGCUCCCUGCUCCGUGCUUCGCGCUCCCCUCCGCGCUCCGCUCCCUGCUCCGCUCCGCGGUCUGCUCCGUGCUCCCUGCUCCGCUCCCUCCUUGCUCCGCUCCGUGCUCCGCGCUCCGCUCCCUGCUCCGCUCCGCGGUCUGCUCCGUGCUCCCUGCUCCGCUCGGUGCUCCGAGCUCUGCUCAGUGCUCCGCUCCCUGCUCCUCUCCGCGGUCCGCUCCGUGCUCCGCGCCGUGCUCCGCUCCCUGCUCCGUGCUCUGCUCCCUGCUCCGCUCCGCGGUCCGCUCCGUGCUCCGCUCCCUGCUCCGCGCUCCGCUCCGCGCUCCGCUCUGUGCUCCGCUCCGUGCUCCGCUCCGCGCUCUGCUCCGUGCUCCCUGCUCCGCUCCGUGCUCCGUGCUCUGCUCCGUGCUCCGCUCCGCUCUCCACUCCCUGCUCCUCUCCGCGGUCCGCUCCGUGCUCCGCGCCGUGCUCCGCUCCCUGCUCCGUGCUCCGUGCUCCGCGCCGUGCUCCGCUCUGUGCUCCUCUCCCUGCUCCGCUCCGCGAUCCACUCCGUGCUCCCUGCUCCGCGCUCCUCUCCCUGCUCCGCGCUCCGCUCCGUGCUCCGCUCCGCGGUCUGCUCCGUGCUCCGUGCUCCGCUCCGCGCUCCCUGCUCCGCGCUCCGCUCCCUGCUCCUCUCCGUGCUCCCUGCUCCUCUCCGUGCUCCCUGCUCCGCUCCGUGCUCCGCGCUCCGCUCCGCGGGGUGUUUGGCUCCAGCUCCUCCUCCUCCUCGUCGUCCUCCUCGUCCUGGUGGUGCCCGGUCCGAAGCCGCGGGCCCGGGGGGAGCAGAAUGGGGUUCAGGAAGUGCUGACGCUCCCCGACAGCCAGUCGAAGACCCAUCUCCUCCGGGACCGCGUGGGACUCCGACAAGGCCACAGGCUCGUCCUCUCGCCCGUCCAAUCCCACGAUCACCGUCGCCAGUUCACCUGCCAGGCCACCCUCCGCUCUGGAAAAGUCCUGAAAAGCAGCACCACACUCCAAGUUUGGGCUAAACCAGAAAUCUUCAUAACGCAGCAAAACGCCUCCACUGGACUUUUAGGAGGGGUGGGAGCUCACUGCCGGGUGCGGAACGUGUUUCCGUCGGCAAGAGUCAUGUGGUAUGUGGAUGGCGAGGUGCUUGAUGGCGAAAACCUCAAAGGGCUCAUAACCACCACGGAAGAGAACAGAAGCCACGAAGGCCUGUCCGUGCUGAAGUCAACAUUGGAGCUGAAGCCCGCCCCGUCCAAAAGCCGACUGCUCUGGUGUGUGGCUCUUUUUCCCGGCCCAGGAGGUGAAGUGAGGAAUAUCUCAUCCAGACGGAUGGUGUUUCCCAUGGGUGAGAGGACUUCACCUACCUCUACACUUCUGACCAGCAAGCCAGGGGCAGGACUCAAUGCCACAGACGCUACAGCCCACUGGCUGGAUUCCAGCACUCCCACAGCCGGCAGCACUCUUUCCAGUGCCCACACAUCAGAUGCCCCGCUCUCCAGCACCCACACGGCUGGCAUCCUACUCUCCAGCAAGGGCAACGCAGAGCCAGAUUCCUGGCAACCUCCAGGCGCCACUGAUCCGACCCUUUCCGGAUCGCAAACAGCCUCCCAGGGUAACUCCCCCUCCUCCAACUGCAACAACUGUCUCCCAGGGAUACCGCCCACCGGCCCGGCCUUUGGCCAUGGAACCACUGACACGGACCACUCUACCGCAACCGUUGCCAAGCUGAACCCCAGGCCUUCCUGGCCGGUGAUCGUGGGAGCGCUGCUCUUCUUCUUCUUGGCCGUGUUUGCCCUGGGGAUUCGCAAGUGGUGUCAGUACCAGCGGGAAAUCAUGGAGAGACCGCCGCCCUUCAAGCCCCCGCCGCCUCCGAUCAAGUACAGCUACAUCCAGGAAUCAGACGGACGCGCGCAGUCUUGCCACGAAAUGGAAAACCUCUGACGCAGCUCAGCCGCUCCAGGAAAGUUGGCCGUCGGUGGGAGAAAACCGCUCUACCUCUUCCCAACCCGCUUUGCCAGCAUCCUUCGAGGGCGCUUCCACCUGUCAGGAGGGACUCAAAGACUCCUUUCAUCCCUCUCCCUUCCUCAGCCGCCUCCACAACCGGCGUGUGUAUCCAUCUACGGAUAGUCGACUGGUCCCCUUUAAGACUGUGAGCCCACUGUUGGGUAGGUACUGUCUCUAUAUGUU